CUCCUGCUGCGUUUUCACUUAAUUCAAUGUGGACUCAUUACAUCACAGUCUGAUGGAUAUCGGGUGAUAGAAACUCCUGACCGCAUUAGACUUCUGUCACUCCUGCUGCUCCAGCCUGCUGGAUAAACAACUGCUUAUUAACAGAUGCACUUUUCAAUGCAUUUCUUUAAAUAACUGGAGUUAAUUAUUAAAGCAAACUUUAAUCAAAAUCAGCUACAAGGAUAACAUAUUUAGUGCACAAAAAAGAAAUUAGAACUACAAAGGAGGCGUCAAGUAGAUAGUGGUAGAUUAGUAAGACAUGGAGAGAUACUUUACGCCUGUGCGCGGCUCCUCGGAGGAUGAGGUCAAAGUUUACAAACACUUCCAUCAGCAUCACAACCAUCAACACCACCCAAACCAUUAUCAGCACCACGGAUCACACAGCCACAGCUCUUCAAGCAGUCAUGGCAAGCACAGACAUCCCGACCCCCAUCGUCAUGAUAACCAGCAUCCCUCUCAUCAUCAAAGACAGCGUAAAGUACCCGUAGACCAGCACAACUUCUCCAAAAGAUCCUCCUCCAGCCUGUCCUCCUCGUCCUCUUCUUCAACCCCGUCCUGGACGUCUGAGCCCAGUCUGGACGAGGAGACGUACCUGACGCCCAAACCCAAACACUCCCUGUCCUGCUCCAACAUCCCUGAAGUGCAAAAAAUAAGCCACGACAGAGAUUCGGAGGACUUUGAUUAUGACUACAGAGCUCAGAAACACCGCGGUAGCCUAGAAAACACGAGCAAACAAGAUCAUCGGAUGCCAAAACUCUCUCGAGGACACAGCAAAAGCGAGGAAGGCCUUCAGCAGAGCAAACCAGGAUCUCAAACCAUAGAUCACGGACCACUUUAUAAAACCACAAGCCUGGGACAAAACCUCGCUUUCCAAAGCAACUCUCCCAAAAAGGCAGUUUCGUCUAUUCAGCUUCCCAGCAAAGGCAUACUGAAGAAUAAAGAUGAGGGACAGAAUAGAGGCGAAUUUCGGAAAGCCAAAUCCAUGGAGGUGCUCUCCACCAGAGUGGACGUCAAAGCCACAUCCAAGCAGAUCUCAAUGGAGGCUGCGAGGGAGAACUUUGUAAAAGGAAAGCUGCAAUUCUCAGCGUUUUUAGAUGAAAUCACUAAGCAGGUCAUCAGUCCAUGCGCAUUAAGCUCUUAUGGAGUAACACCCCCCAAAAAACAGGAAAGCGUCACACUCAAACAGCACCCCGAGAGACCUGAUUCAGGAAAGACAGCUACAGAUUCCAGCUCGCACUCUCGGCCACAGAAAAGAGCGAGUAAACAUCAUCAACAUCUCCAGAACCGAACUUUAAGUCCUCCACCUUCACCUCGGCGCUCCUCUAAAUCUGAAAGACAAGGGGUUUCUUCAGGAAAACACCAUAGGCAAUAUUCUCAGAUGCUGACGGAUGGCACUAGCACCAGUCCUGAGACCAUACACCACCAUAAAGAGAGACAUCAAAGCAGUCACGGCUCUUCCAGACACUUUCAUGCUAAGCAGAUGAAGGGAUCGCCACCGCUGCCUCCUUCACGAAACCCGGAGUAUGAGUCUCAGUCCAGUAAAUCAUCUACCAGUGCAAGUUCAGAGAAGAGUGAUGGACCCAAACACACGGGACACAGGAGGCAGUCUAGACCACACAGGGAUUCGGCCUGUUCAGCGGACAGAGUUCAGUUACUGGAGGAGUACAACAAAGAGCUGCACGAGAACCUGUUGCAGAUGGUGGCGUGCAUUGAGAACAUGGAGACAGAACUGCAAUGCACCAAGAUGGAGUUAAUCAGCCUUAAAGAGAAAUACAAAAGGCUUCAGGAGAGCUAUUCUGUUUCUCAACAGGCAAAUGGUGUCCUGGAGCAAAAACUCAAAUCUUCGGUAGACAGCUUGGGCUCUGAAAGAACGGUCCUCACACAGAGAAUUGUAGAUCUGACUAAACAGCUGGAUUCUGCACAGAAGACCAUCGGUUCUCUGGAAAACAUCAAUAUUCCCUCACUGAUCAGAGAGUUGUUGAAAAAUCACCUAGAUUCCCAGGAAGCUCUGGAACAGUUUAUAUGUCCUCGAACAUCUACCGGACAACCUGACAGCAACCAAGCAUCUGCAGCAAAAGGGGAAGCUUUUCAAUGGCCUCAGUCGUGCUCAGGUUUCAGACAACAGCCAGCCACUGCUUUUCAGCCAUGGAAACAUGAACAAGAUCCAUGGGCAGGACUAGAGGAGUUCACAGUUAAAGGAAGUGACUCACAACUUCCUUUUUCCUUUGCCGAAGAUGUGCCAAUCCACAAAACCAUGGCAGAAACAAAGAGUCAGAGUCACCAAGUGCAUCAGUUAGCCGUGAACACGGAGAUCCACGUUUUCCCUCCAAACCCUUAUAAUGUAGAAGAGCUGAGACAAAGUAGACAGACAGGAGGAGAGGAAAGAAACCCUGCAGAUGUCAGCUAUUUCACAGCUCAGAGGCUGCUGAAUGAGUUUUUGAAGCAGAUUCCUCCUCCAGCGGAUGAUGAAGGCGGUGAGAAAGAUAUUUUUGAAACCAGAAAGUUGGCAGAUGGAAAACAGUGAAGCUGCAUCUCAUACUGCGUACUUAAAGUUGAAUUUACCUCAUGACUGUUAGUUAAGUAUAGCUGCAUCUCAAAUGACACACUACACACUGUGUAGUGCACAAGCUUGGUGUUAUUUUUUAGACAAUGUUUAACCUUUACCAAAUUAGAUGACCUUGUCAUGAUUACAACUGGGCGACACGGAGGCUCAGUGGUUAGCACUAUCGCCUCACAACAAGAAGAUCACUGGU